AUGGCGGGGUUGUCUGGUGGCGGGGAUGUGGAUGAUCUCCAAUGCGAUAUGGAACCGAGGGCGUAUAACACAGUCAUCCUCACCAGCUUUCUAAUUUGGGCUUUCAUUCAUCACGUGGCCUCGCCAUUGAUCUUCAAUCGCAAUGUCGCUUAUCGUGCACUGAACAAAUAUAAACGAAUGGAGUGGGACUCGAGAGUGGUCUCAACUCUACACGCCACCAGUGUCAGCAUCUUAUGCGUCGUCGCCUUGAUGAAGGAAAGCCAACUUUGGGAGGAUCCAUUUUUUGCUCAAGGGCGGAUCGGUCUCACUGCCUUGUGCAUUUCCAUUGGUUACUUCUUAUGCGAUUUAAUUUCAAUGCCAAUCUACUAUGACCGAAAAAAUCAGCUUAUAUUCACCGUUCAUCAUUCUGUUGCGACGAUAUCGUUCUACCUCAUUUUGAUUUAUAGGGUGGGGUUGUUCUUUGGCGUUUACCGCCUCACAACUGAGCUUUCAACUCCCUUUACGAACCAACGGUGGUUUUAUCGUAAGGUUGGCUACACUCUAGACCGGCGUCGUGUCGCCAUCGUGUCUCUGAUCUUCUCGAUUUUCUUUGCAAUCACACGCAACUUCAUGAUUGUUCCCUACUGGUUGUUUGUGUACUCGAUCUGCGGCACACCGAAACACAUGGCUGCUAGAGAGCAGUUACCCGGUCUGGAUUUGCCCUGGUUCGUCUGCUCUCUUACACUGGACGCCCUAAAUAUCUACUGGGCGCUGACGGUGUACCCCAUUGGCUACAAGUCCGCCUACAUGCUUUACAAGGCGGACUGGCGUACUGACUUCCAUCGAGCGCGCGAUCGCAUUCGUGGCCGCUUCCUGAGCGCCCGACGUCGCGCCAUGAAUACCGAGCUGAUCACUUCGUUGCGACGCAGCACUUCGUUCAAUCUCAUUCAACGGGCCUGGGAGGAGUGGUCGCUGUUUCCAGAAGACUUCAGUGAGACUGAGCUUUUCACUAUGUCCGUGUCGGAGCGUUCUUCACCACUUCGACGCUACUCAGAUAGCGACGACAGCAACAGUAAUAAGGAGAGUAACUCCAUUAACGCCGAAUAUUUGGACUUGUUAAGCGAUGGAACCAGCAAUGAAAUUAUGCUUAUAUCUUCUCUGGUGAAGUCGGCUUCUUCGUUCGGUCUACUUGCGGAGCUUUUUCUUGUUAUAUUUUUUGUUGAUUGUUCUAUCUUUUCCGUUGGCAUAUGUGAGAACCUGAAACUAACUACGGGUUCACUGUAUUACCCCAAUUUUCAAAUUUAUCGCUUCCUUACAUUUUUUCUUGUUAAUACGAACGUCCUUUUAUUUGUAUUUGACGCUACAGGAUUCCUUGUGUUUGAUUUACUGCUACAACGGCGGUGGAAUUUUGUGGAAAAGAUGAAGUUUUUGCUAAUUACUACAUGGUUUCCCGGGCUUAUGUGUCUGAUAUAUUAUUACAUCAAAUUUGCUUGCUCUAGAACGGAGGCAGAUCUCUUUUUUACGGGCGUUCAUGGAUCCAGCUCCUUUGCUGCUGCAGUAACUGUUGUUUCUAGACAGUUGAUGCAUGAUGUUUCCUCAAACGCGAAGUUGCAACCACUCUAUCGUCAUGGUUCUUUGUUUUACCUUGUUCUAAUUGCAUCACUGCAGCUCUUUAAUGCUAUUCCGUCCAUCACUUUUCUGUAUUCGUUUUUUGGCCUUCUGUACGGGUGGACAUACUUGAGGUUCUUCCAGAAACAUACCGAUGGCAAGCGGGGUGAUUUUCGAAGCAGCUUCUCUUUUGUGAGUUUAUUCCCUCGCUUUUUUCAACCGACCAUCGCUAUCCCGGUGAACUUCUUUUAUGCACUUUUCGUCGCGUUCAAGCUCUGCCCAAAAAUAGAGCAACAAUAUGAAAUUCUCUCAGCAUCUUCUUUUUCAAGGGAUGUUCCCACCGUUUCCUACAGUGAUAAUGAACGCUACAAGCGGAUGGCUCUGCAGGACCUAAACGCACGACUUGGAAAGAAGCAGGAGCCACUGGAGGAGUGGCCGACCCUCUUCGAUGAGGAGGGUGGUGGCUCACGCCCUCCCAAUCCUGCAGCAGCUCCGCCACACGUACCACUGACAGCCCCCGACCGCAUGGAGACGAAGGCAGUCCAACAAUCGACUGACUCCAUCUCCAAAGUCUAG